AUGUUUACGCUUUCGCGUUUGAAAAACUGGAUGGCUGCUCCGAAAGGAGGACGGCACGGUAACAAUGUUGAAAAACAUGUCGCGGUUUUGGCGUUCCCGUUUGGAACACAUGCACCUCCACUUCUUAGUUUUGUUAGAAGAGUUGCAGGAGAAUCUCCUGGAGUUACGUUUUCAUUCUUCAGCACGGAAAAAUCAAAUAAGUCGUUGUUUUCUGGCACGGGUAAUCAAGACGAGUUUCUUCCUAACAUAACUUAUUAUAAUAUUCAUGAUGGGUUACCGGAGGGUUUUGUGCAAUCAGGAUCUCCGGCGGAAGCUAUUCAUCUGUUUAUUCAAGCAAUGCCGGAGAAUUUUAAGAAUGCUAUAGAUGUGGCUGUGACGGAGACGGGGAAGAACAUUACAUGCUUUAUUACUGAUGCUUUUUUUUGGUUUGGCGCGGAUUUCGCAGAGAAAAUGCAUGCGAAAUGGAUUCCUCUUUGGACUGCAGGAGCUCACUCUCUCCUUACCCAUGUCUUCACAGAUCUUAUCAGAGAAAAGUUAGGAGACUAUAAAGGAGCCGAUGAUCACAAAGAUUUCCUUCCUGGUUUUCCGGAGCUAGAGGUUUCCGAUUUGCCGGAAGGGGUAAUAGGUGAUAUUAGCGGACCAUUUGCAUCAAUGUUACACAAAAUGGGACUCGCGUUACCGCAAGCAACUGCGGUUCCCAUAAACUCAUUUGCUACAAUACACACCGAUAUUGAGAGUAAGUUGGAGGCCAAGUUCAAAUUGCUGCUAAACGUUGGUCCAUUCAUCUUGACGACACCACAACGUAUGACGAACGAUGAACAUGGUUGUGUAGCAUGGUUGAACAAACAUGAGGAUUACUCAGUAGUGUAUAUAAGCUUUGGAAGCUCAAUAACACCCCCGCCUCACGAGUUCGCUGCAUUGGCGGAGUCUUUAGAAGAAUGUGGAUAUCCAUUUAUUUGGGCCUUUAGGGGCAAUCCAGAGGAAAAAUUGCCAAGCGGAUUCACAGAAAGAACAAAAACAAGAGGAAAAAUCGUCGCAUGGGCUCCUCAAAUAGAUAUCCUUAAAAACUCAUCGGUCGGUGUUUGUUUCACGCAUUCCGGUUGGAAUUCUGUGUUGGAUUGUAUCGUUGGCGGUGUACCGAUGAUUAGUAGACCGUUUUUCGGAGAUCAAAGAUUGAAUGCAAGAAUGUUAGAAAGUGUUUGGCAUAUUGGGAUAGGUGUUGACAAUGGUGUUUUGACAAAAGAAUCAUCUAAGAAAGCUUUGGAGUUGGUUAUGUCAAGUGAGACAGGGAAGCAAAUGAGACAGAGAGUUGAGAAACUAAAAGAAGCUGCAUUGCAAGCUGUUGAAAGAGAUGGUAGUUCUGCAAAAAAUUUCAAUACUUUGAUAGAACUUAUUAGUAGUUAA